GCAGACUGGGGAGGGGGCCAAGGGAGCCCAGGCAGGGGAACAACUACCGAGCCAAGGCCCCAUUUGAAAGAAAAAGGGAAAAAAGGAGGGGGGGAGGAUAAGGAAGAAGAAGAGAAGAGGGGAGAGAAGACAGAAGGAAAAGAAAGGAGGAAGAGGAAGAGAAGAGGAAAGAGUGGGAGCAGAGGGGGAAGCAGGGGACGAAGGAGAAGUAGAGCGAAGCAAAGAAAGGCAGAGGCAAAGACACACAGAGAGGUUCCCAGAAACGCAGAGAAGGAGCGAGCGAGGAAGAAAGAGGCAGAAGGGCGUGUUUCUUGUCUUUGCCUUUCCCCUCCCCUUUCUCAGGUCCCUCACUCAGGCUCUGCACUCGGGGCUGCUGCUCUCUGGGCGAAACUGGGAAUUGGGUGGGAUUAUAAAAAGGAGCCGCCGCCGCCGCGAGCCCCAGCCCCAGCCCCAGCCACUGCUCCGGCCCCAGCGAGGGCGGGCUGCAGUUCCCCUUUCCGUCAGCAGCUUCGGGUGCCCCUUCGCCUUCUCUCCGUCUCUCUUUCUCCAGCCUUCUUCCCGGGAAUCCCAGCAGCAUCAGGAGCUUCCAGCGGAGCAGCCGCUGCUUCCCGCAUCCUCGCCAGCCCAUAGCCACAGAGAGCCAGACACACAGCACACACUCGGUCACAUUUACACACACACACGCACGCACACACAUACACACAAACAUACACGCGCGCGCUCGCGCACACACAAACACGCACACACUCGUGCCCCUGCUCCGGGCCGGAGCUUCGCCCCCCGCCCUCCCUUCCCCUCCCCCUCGCCCUCGCCCUCGCCCUCCCCUGCCGGCCCCUAGCAGUGUGCGGGAGCCAGGCUGGUUUCCGUCCUCCCAGAGGUCUCGGAGACCCUGCCUGCUCUCCCCUUCCCUCCCCUCCGACAGGCUCGGGCCAUGGGGUUGGGGAGCGUCUCUGGAUUCUGCCUGCUCCUCGUCCUUGUCUACGGCCGCGCCUCUCAGCAAAGUAAAGCCAGCCAAGAUGUGGAUGAAUGUGUGGAAGGGACUGACAACUGCCACAUCGAUGCCAUUUGCCAGAACACUCCCCGUUCCUAUAAGUGCAUCUGCAAGUCUGGCUAUAGUGGAGAUGGCAAACGUUGCAAAGAUGUGGAUGAAUGUGAGCGGGAUGACAAUGCUGGCUGUGUACAUGAAUGUGUUAACAUCCCUGGUAACUAUCGAUGCACCUGCUAUGAUGGCUUCCAUCUGGCCCAUGAUGGACAUAAUUGUCUGGAUCUGGAUGAGUGUGCUGAGGGCAAUGGGGGCUGCCAGCAGAGCUGUGUCAACAUGAUGGGGAGCUAUGAGUGCCUCUGUCGAGAUGGUUUCUUCCUCAGUGACAACCAGCACACCUGUAUUCAGCGGCCCGAAGAAGGAAUGAACUGCAUGAACAAGAACCAUGGCUGUGCUCAUAUAUGCCGUGAAACACCCAAGGGGGGUAUUGCCUGUGAAUGCCGCCCAGGUUUUGAGCUUACCAAGAACCAGCGAGACUGCAAACUUACGUGUAACUACGGCAAUGGCGGCUGCCAGCACACAUGUGAUGACACAGAGCAAGGGCCCAAGUGUGGCUGCCAUGUCAAGUUUGUGCUACACACUGAUGGGAAGACAUGCAUUGGGGAAAGGCGGCUAGAGCAGCACAUCCCCCCCCAGGCUGUUUCUAAUGAGACAUGUGCUGUCAACAAUGGUGGAUGUGACAGCAAGUGCCAUGAUGCAGCUACCGGCGUCCACUGCAGCUGCCCUGUGGGCUUCAUGUUGCAGCCUGACAGAAAGACCUGCAAAGAUAUAGAUGAGUGCCGUCUGAACAAUGGAGGCUGUGACCACAUUUGUAGAAACACAGUUGGCAGCUUUGAAUGCAGCUGCAAGAAAGGCUACAAGCUACUCAUCAAUGAAAGGAGCUGCCAGGAUAUUGAUGAGUGCUCCUUCGAUCGAACCUGUGACCACAUCUGUGUCAACACCCCAGGAAGCUUCCAGUGUUUCUGUCACCGAGGCUACCUGCUCUACGGGCUCACCCACUGUGGGGAUGUGGACGAAUGCAGCGUUAACCGAGGAGGCUGCCGUUUUGGCUGCAUCAACACCCCUGGGAGCUACCAGUGCACCUGCCCCACAGGCCAGGGACGCCUGCACUGGAAUGGCAAGGACUGCACAGAGCUGGUGAAGUGCCAGGGCAGCCCCGGGGCCCCUCGGGCCAUGCUCAGCUGUAGCAGGUCGGGCAAGAAGGACACCUGCGCUCUGACCUGCCCCUCGCGGGCUCGCUUUCUGCCAGAAUCAGAGAACGGCUUCAUGGUGAGCUGUGGCACUCCCAGCCUCCGCUCCUCCCAGUCCCGGAGUGGCAACCACACCAGUACCCACCACUGCCUUGAAACAGCUGCACUAUCCGUCAAACAACGGGCUUCCUUCAAGAUUAAAGAUGCCAAGUGUCGCCUGCACCUUCGGAACAAGGGCAAGCUGGAGGAGGCAGGCAAAGUUGCAGCAUCAGGUGGGACUCCCUGUUCUGACUGCCACGUCACCUUUAUCCACCUCAAAUGUGAUUCGUCCCGUAAGGGGAAAGGCCGCCGUGCCCGGACUCCUCCUGGAAAGGAAGUCACCCGUCUUACCCUGGAACUAGAGGCUGAAGUCAAAGCUGAAGAAACCACAGCAAGCUGUGGGCUGCCUUGCCUCCGGCAGAGGAUGGAACGGCGGCUGAAGGGGUCACUGAAGAUGCUAAAAAAAUCCAUCAAUCAGGACCGCUUCCUGCUGCGCCUGGCAGGCCUGGAUUAUGAGCUGGCUCACAAGCCCGGCCCAGCCGGGGAGCGGGCAGAGCAGGCAGAGACCUGUGUGCCCGGGCAGCAUCGCACCGGGGUCAAGUGUGUCAGCUGCCCGCAGGGAACGUAUUACCACGGCCAGACGGAGCAGUGUGUGCCAUGCCCACCAGGCACCUUCCAGGAGAGGGAAGGGCAGCUCUCCUGCGACCUGUGCCCUGGGAGUGAUGCCCAUGGGCCCCUCGGAGCCACCAACAUCACCACAUGUGCAGGUCAGUGCCCACCAGGUCAGUUCUCAGCUGAUGGGUUCAAACCCUGCCAGCAAUGCCCACGUGGCACCUACCAGCCUGAGUCAGGACGAACACUGUGCUUCCCCUGUGGCGGGGGCCUCACCACUAAGCAUGAAGGGGCCGUCUCCUUCCAAGACUGCGACACCAAAGUCCAGUGCUCCCCCGGUCACUACUAUAACACCAGCAUCCAUCGCUGUAUCCGCUGUGCCCUGGGUUCCUAUCAGCCUGAAUUUCGCCAGAACUUCUGUACCCGAUGCCCAGGAAACACGAGCACUGACUUUGAUGGCUCCACCAGCGUGACCCAGUGUAAAAAUCGCCAGUGUGGUGGGGAGAUAGGUGAGUUUACCGGAUAUAUCGAAUCUCCCAACUACCCUGGCAACUACCCAGCAGGAGUUGAGUGCACCUGGAACAUCAAUCCACCACCUAAACGAAAGAUCCUCAUUGUAGUGCCAGAGAUCUUCCUGCCCUCUGAGGAUGAGUGCGGAGAUGUCCUUGUCAUGCGCAAGAACUCCUCUCCAUCCUCAAUCACCACCUAUGAGACGUGCCAGACCUAUGAACGGCCCAUCGCCUUCACCGCUCGCUCCCGAAAGCUCUGGAUCAACUUCAAAACCAGUGAAGCCAACAGUGCCAGGGGCUUCCAGAUACCCUAUGUCACCUAUGAUGAGGACUAUGAGCAAUUAGUAGAGGAUAUUGUGCGAGAUGGUCGGCUCUAUGCCUCUGAAAACCACCAAGAGAUUCUGAAGGAUAAGAAGCUCAUCAAGGCUUUCUUUGAAGUGCUAGCGCACCCACAGAACUAUUUCAAGUACACAGAGAAGCACAAGGAGAUGUUGCCCCGAUCCUUCAUUAAGCUGCUACGCUCCAAAGUUUCCAGCUUCCUUCGACCUUACAAAUAGCCCUCCCCAGUUCCACAGACCCCAGCUUCAAAGCUCCCUGGUUGCCUAACCCUCAUAACCCAACAGCCCCCAUCUACUGCCAAGGAACUCUCUCUCUCUUUGGGGAAAACAAAUAUUCACUAUGCAGACUACUUAUCCUCCCAUUCUAUCCCUCCAUCUCCUUGCCUUUCUCCCUCUAAUUUACCCAUUUUUCCAUUUCCUACAUGCUCCCUAAGUGUUGGAAAAGCCAUUCAUUGCUAAAUCUCUUCCCCCUAAGGGAUGGAGUAGUGGCCCCACAAACUGACCUUUCCUUAGCCCAUGUUCUAUGGUCAGGAUCAGUUUAAAAGGGGUGAGGGGGUCCAUGAAGGCAAUUGGUCUUAGGGCAAUUUUGCCCUAGAGACAAGGCAGGGAAGGUGUAUCUGCCAUUCUCAGGGCUGUGCCCUGACUGUCUAGAGCCAGAAUCCUCCCCUCCUCUCUGAUAUGUAUCUCUCAACCCAUGGCAACUCAGGCAGCCCAGGGUCUUACCAAAGAAGUCUUUGGCCUGCAGGCAUUUCCCUAGCACUGAUCCUCUGUGGGGCACAAUCUGAGCACUCUCCUCAAUACCAUCCUUCACAACCACCACUGAAACCUGGGUGGAUCCAUCAUCCUGCCCGAGAAGUUCCUCUUCCUUUCCCCACCUGAGCCUUACCAGUCAAGGGCUCACAAUAAUAUCCACCACUGAGCAGAUGUUCUCUGAACUAAACAAUGAGGAGCAGAUGAGGAACUGGCAACUGCCACACAGAUCACAGUGCUGUGGCCUCCAGAAGAAAAUGUAGAGUCCACAGAAGAGAAACCGGGUUUUAAGCAUUGCCAAAAAAAGAAAAAAAAUCUAAAGGACUACACUACAGGAUGACUGAAUACUAACCGCAGACACUAACCCUUUGCCCCAACCUAUAGCCCCUGGCUCAGCCAUCCUCCCUUACCCCAUUCCAGUGCUCCCUGGGGGAGUCCUGCGCCACUUCCUAAAUCACAUCCUUAAAGAACCGUGGCUCCCAACAGGAAACCACCCUGGGCUACACCUGGGAGCCCCAGGUGACUCAAUGGGCUCUACCAAAGAGGGCUCAGCCCUGUGGACUGGAGCUGCCUGCCCUCGGCCCCAGGCCCGGGGCAAUGAGAGGAAUGUGUGUGCACUUGGAGAGCCUUUUGCCCACCUUGUCCACAUCUAAUAAGUGCAAUCAUUUUGAGUCUUUAUGUUAUUUAGAGGGAGUUUUUUGUUUUGUUUUGUUUUCUAUUAGAAACAACCCUAUUUAUAGCUGCCCAAGAAAGAAGAGUGUAUGUUUGGAAUGGAAGAAGAGAGGUUUUGAUUCACAUGAUAUGUGAACUGAACUUUUCAGGCCUGGAAUAUCUGUUAAUCCCCAGCAGCCACUUAUAAGAUGACCAAGGGGCAUGGGCCAAGCUGGACCAGAGCUAUAGCUCAGAGACAGGUAGAAUUCUGGAGAUCUGAUGGAGCAGAAAGCUUUGUGGCCUAGUAGUCACUCAGUCCAUGCUGCAACAUUUUCCUUCUGCUUCCCCUGGGAGCAGAAGUUAGGAUUUCAGAGACCUGAUGGAAGUGGUCAUUGGCUGCAAGUAGGAGUGGCUUCCAUUUCUUCCCUGGACUUGGGACUGACCACCUUGCUGUUCUGUCUUCCCUUGGACCAAGAGGCAUUAUUCAGAAAGGGGUGAUAUAGGACUCCCAUGGCCAGGAAGAAGGCUAGAGAGAGACUAUGAAAGGAAUUCUUUUUAAGAUAUAAGGCUGUGGAAGUCAGGCCUUAACCAGUCUUUCUAACCCUAUCCCAACCCCCAAAUCUUCCUCUGAAUCCUUUUCAAUGGCUUUAUCAAAUGCUGCUUUUCAAAAGAAAGAGGGAGACGGAAUCAAAAUAUUCAUUGCAGAUCCUUCAUAUAUAAUGUUCCCUAAACCCGGCUGCCACUGUUAGAUGCUAUUUAUAUCCAUCUCUUUUCUCCUUCAAAUCACAAAAAGUAGUCACAGCCUUUAUGAGUCACUUCUGGAGAAUAAGGAGUUAAGGCAGAAUAUUGGAGAAAGUGUUGCUUGCCUGUUAACCUUCCUCCUUCCCCACCUAGGACUCAGUAGUAAGGGACUAGACUCCUUUGAAUGGGUCCUGUGGCCAGUAUCCAUUUUUCUCAUGCACUAGCCUUCAUUAUGUAGUUUUAAAGAUUAGGUGGCUGACUUGUUUCCCGGGGUAAGUGAACCACUGAAGCUGCAAGAAGCAAGUAGGAACUUGCAAACAGAGGAAAAAUUAACUGGCCAAGAUGUCAACACUUCCCAGAAGUGCUUUGCAGACUUUUUAAUAUGACCAUCCUAACCAGUUGCCCAACAGAAGGUUGUUAUUUUGCAUCUUAGAACACAAUUUACAAAGCUGCCUCAGAAAGCUAGCUUUAAAAUUUACAUGAAAUGUACCUUCCUCUCCCCCAAAUCUUCCUAGUCUUAUGGUUCCUGGGCCUGAAAGUGGCUUCCACAGAUUCCUGAGUCCCUCUGAUAUUAACAACAAAGAAAAUGCAUUGGAAACUAAAAUAUAGAUUUGUUUGCCCAGCUCAGUUCAAUGAAGACCACUGAAAACCCACUUUGGAAUAGCAGCUUCCCAAAUACCUGGCUAGAUAGCUAAGACCCCAAAUGUAUGUCAUGUUUCUCAUGUCUGCAUGCAGAAGAGGAAAUACCUCUGGGGACAGAACAGGAUAGUAGUGUUAACAGAUAAACAUUUAGAGAACUGUUGAGGGAAUGAAGCAUCUUUCCUAAGUCUCCCAGAGGCAAUUCUCUGUUUUCCUGGUGUGGGUGGUAAGAAAACAAAAUGGGGACUUUUCACAUGGGAACCAUGAAAGGAGGAAGCUCUCCCAUGACCAGAAGACCAUGGGGGCUUUAUUUACCUUGUUCUUCUCAAUAUUAUUCUGAGAAUGAGAAAUCAUUGCUUUUUUCAGAGGUUGUCAAUGGGUAUAUGGAGCAUGUGAGAAAGGCAAAAGAAUAAUUAAACCCCAAUUCUCUCCUCUUUUCUGCCUCUCUGUGUAUCGCCAGUUUAGGUUUGAAUCUUGCAUUGGAUAAGAUUUUCAAAAUUAGUGAAACUCCAACUGAUUCCUUGAUGAUGGGAUUUGUUCUAGAUUCUUGGGCAGCUUGCAAUGGGAUUUGCUAGGGAGGCCUCCAUUUCACCUCAUUCUGAAAUAGGAAGACUGGAAACCUCUAAGAGCAUAGACAUUGGACUGUGACUGACCCAGGCACUGGUGCUUCCCUCCCUAGUCUCUUCUUCAGUAUUUGGUCAGAAUCAGUCAGACAGUUUGGGCAGAUUUGGUGUAUAGUUCAGGGGCUUUGGUUCAAAACUGAGGUUUGAUUUAUGAAAAAGGUGUUUUCCAUAAUCACACUUUAGGCAAAAUGAGGAUGUGAUAAUUUGUUGUUUCCUUGAAUGUCCCUGAGAGGUUUUCAGGAAUCUAAGAUUCUCUUAUCUGAUGACAUUUGAGCCCCCAAAUACCAUCCUUAACUGAGGAAGGGGAUACAAAAAUUUAAUUGACUUCAGAAUGUGAAACUAAACCAGUCUACCUGGUUUCUUCCUGAACACAGGGGGGAAAGAAUGAAAAUGGAUUGAACAAGUUGCUGGGAUUUGACCUGAUAAUUUGACCUGAUACAAAGAUAACACAACUUAGUCUUAGUACUUUAUUAGAAUGAGUCAUGUAAGAAAAGGCCUAAUUGGAGGUAAGGAAAUCCCUAGCUCUGCUAUCAAGUGGAAUCUUAAGCCUACUUAAAACCCAGUCAAAAUGGCACAGUUGGAAUGAGGUUUAAACAAACUAAAAACUUCAGCCUUCUGUGAGGGUUGGUUUGAAUGUCCCCAAACAGAAAUAUGACCACAUAGGACAUAUGGGGUUUUAUUUUUAUUUCUAAAUACAAAAGAAAUCUUGAAAUGAUGUUUUGUCUGUCUUCCACCACUGCCACUUGAAGCAUCUCCUACACAAUCAACAUUAAACAACCAAUGCGGUUUUCAUAAAGUAUUUUGCACUUGGGGAAAAAAAUUGUAUCUGAACUUGUAAAAAGAAACAUUUGGAUUUUGUAUUGUCUUUUUUAAUUAUUAUUAUUAUUGUUAUUAUUAAAUUACUAAAUGAAA